UUGGCCACGCGAGACCCAGUUCUAGCCAUGAAGAAGAGCAAAGCCAAAGCGAACAGUGCCGCAGAGAAAGAGUUUGUGUUUGAGUUCAGGGCAGGCAAACACAACUGUGUUCUCAAAGUGCCAUUACAGUUUCCUGUGCAGUUGAACAUCAGUGACCUUCAUGGGCGGCUGAUGCUGCUACAUAAAAUACCCUGCUAUAUAGAAAGUGACCUAAAAACCUCCCUUUCCAACUUCAUCGAGAAGGAGACCAGUCUGGAUUAUGACAGAGGGGCAGAGCUUGCCCUGCAGAGACUCACGAUGGGAGACAUAGACGUUAACCAGCUCACCAGUGCUUGGUCCAGGUCUUAUGUGGAGACGACCCUCGAGCACGCUCUUCCCGAAGAGCCCAGUCGGGCCGAGGACUUUGCUGACGUUUACCACGAGCUGAUCCACUCCCCAGCCUCAGAUACGCUCCUGAACCUGGAGCACAACUACUUUGUCAGCAUCUCUGAGCUCAUUAGUGAGAGAGACAUGGAGAUUAAGAAGCUACAAGAACGGCAAACAACAGAAAUGGACAAAGUGAUGCAUGAGCUGGGGAAUACACUGAGUGACCAGGAUGUCAAUGCAGUAGCAUCUCAACACUUUGAUGCACAGCAGAUCUUGGAGAACAAGUGGACCAGCGAGCUGCAGCAGGUGACCGAAAUUCAAAAGCAGGAGUAUCAAGAAUGGGUGAUUAAACUGCACCAGGAUCUGCAGAAACCCAGCAACAGCAGCAUAAUUAAUGAGGAGAUUAAGGUGCAGUCCAGGCAGCUGACUGAGGCGGCCGAUUCUGGGACCAGGAUGUUUGAGGAGCAGCCUCAGCUGGAGGAGAGCUUCACCAUUCACCUGGGAGCGCAGCUGAAGACCAUGCACAACUUGCGGCUGGUCCGAGCGGACGUGCUGGAUUUCUGCAAACACCGUCGGCACGGCAGCAGCGGCGCCAAGCUGCGGCGGCUGCAGACGGCCCUCUUGCUGUACUCGUCCUCACUCUGCGGGCUGGUGCUGCUGGUGGACAACAGGGUGAACUCCUACAGCGGCAUCAAGAGAGACUUUGCAACUGUGGCAAAGGAGUGCACAGACUUCCACUUCCCCUGCCUGGAGGAGCAGCUGGAGGAGGUGCAGCAGGUGCUGCUCCUGGCCCGGGUGCAGCGCAGCAGCAAGCAGAAAGACCAACCAGAAAAUCGAAAGAACGGAGGUGAUGACAAGAGCAAAACGGUGGAAAGGAACCCGUCAAACAUCGUACCAGGCGAGUUUUAUAUUUCACGGCACUCCAACCUGUCGGAGGUUCAUGUCGUCUUCCACCUCUGUGUGGAUGACAACGUCCGCUCGGGCAGCAUCACGGCCCGGGACCCGGCCAUCAUGGGUCUGAGAAACAUCCUGAAGGUCUGCUGCACUCAUGACAUCACCACCAUCACCGUUCCCCUGCUGCUGGUUCACGACAUGUCAGAGGAGAUGACCAUACCGUGGUGUCUGAAGAGGGCCGAGCUGGUUUUCAAAUGUGUCAAAGGUUUUAUGAUGGAAAUGGCCUCCUGGGAUGGAGGCAUUUCCCGCACAGUCCAGUUCCUGGUGCCAAAGAGUAUCUCAGAGGAGAUGUUCUACCAGUUGAGCAACAUGUUGCCUCAAAUCUUCCGCGUCUCCUCUACAUUAACUCUCACUUCAAGGCACUGACGGGGUGACAGGCUCCACUUUGAGGAUCAGGACGAAAGAGAUUCUGUAAAACCAACGUCUGAUUUACACAUUGCAAAAAACAAUUAUGUUCUGGUGGCAUUAUAGCACUUGCAAAUCACGUGGACCUAUAAUCAUUGUUAGGUUUCUGUGAGCUUUGUUGUGUCCUGCUGGAAGGGGACCGGGGUCCAGCCUCAGAGCAGCUGCUGCUGGUAUCGCUCUGAGCUGAAAAUAUCCCAGUUUUUCCCUUACGGUUGUGAUCUGUCAUAGCCGAGGAUUUAGUUCCGGGCUUUGGAAAUUAAAAGUUGGCCGAACAGCUGAAGAAAAUGUGAAAGUACGAUAUUGUUUACUCCAGUGUGACCCCACAAAUCUGGGUUACAUUCAUGACAGCUAGCCGCUCAGCAAAGUGUGGCUUUUGAUUGGCUUUCACCACAUUCUGAGAAACUUUUCAGACGGGGUUAAUCAGACUGCGGCGAUUAUGGAAAACAGUGCAGACUCUGGCUUUAAGAAAAUUGUAGUUUAGAUGGGAUUUAUCCCUCUAAUCUCAUGCAGCAGAUCACACACAUGGACUCUUGUCAUAAAAAAAUGACAGCAGUUGGGGUAAAAGUGACUCACUGGAUAUGUGGAUCUGGACGGUCCCUCCCCUCUACCUGUGUAACAGCAGGGGGCGCUGUUCCGAAAGACAAAGAUGAGCACACACAUUAGCCAACUUUGCCCAUUAAAAGAAGGGAAGUUUUAAUGAGCGUUUUCUACCCACCGAGAUUCAUUUCCAGCUGUUUAAAUCUGUGUUUACUGCUUUAAAAAGACUGGCAGAUGUGUAACAAACUUACGGUAAGCCUGAUUAAAAAUGUCCCUGUAUUUUUAUGUUAAUUUACAUUUUUAUGUUUUAAUAAAUAAAAAAAAGUAA